AGAAACACACUAUGUUUUCCUGCCAUUACUUCGCUCAGAGCUAUGGGGGUUUAGAAAAACUAAUAGCCCACUAAAAAUACUUGGAGCCCGGGGCAUGGGCCAGGGCUUUUCCUGCGUUGCUUCCAUUGUACGCGUGGGCCAUUGAGGAAAGAGGAAACGAGCAGCUCUGGUUGUAUGGGGGCUUCCUGCGCGACAUUAUAAAGAGUUCCCUCCCUUCAGCCUUCCCUCACAGUUUUGCUGAGAGCCAGUGGAGGCUGUGCCCCUGCUCCACGUCUUUGAUUGUAGACCUGAAUACUGAGCUGAGGGGUUUGACGUCAGUGCGGUGCACGUUAGUUCUCGUCCCUGCUGGUCGGGGUACGAGUAGGGAGCUGGUCUCACCUAACAGAUGUGUCUGGGACACUCCAAUCUAUUUAUUCUAUAAGUUACACACAGAAGAGCAUGAUGGAAGUAGUGGAAGGAUACAGGGUUGACAGAAGGCAGGAGCUGAGGGCAGCGGCCCCAGCUGAAGGAUAUGUGAAAGAGUUCACUCGCCACUCCAACGAUGUGCUGUUGAACCUGAACGAACUCCGGCACCGCAACAUCUUGACUGACACCACCCUGGUUGUUGGCAACGUGCACCUACGGGCACACUGUGCAGUGCUGGUGGCCUGCAGUGGGUUCUUCUAUUCGCUGUACACCCGUCGUGUGCUGCUUCAGGGCUGCAGUGGCAGCAGGGAGCAACUCAUGACCGUGUCUCUCCCUAACACCUUGGACCCAUCCAGCGUCUCCCUGCUGCUCGACUUCAUGUACACCUCCCGCCUGCCCCUGACGCCAAGCAUCGUCCCCGGGGUGCUCGCCGCUGCAACCCACCUGCAGAUGGACCAUGUGGUCAAUACCUGCCGGGAUUUCAUGCAGCUGCACAGCAGGGAGAAUAUGAGUGCAAGACACCCCCAAUUGGAGCUGGAUUCCAGGGUGUCUGUAGCCUCUGUAGCCCCUAAAGGAGGGGACCUGCCUUAUCCAGGACCGCAGCAAUUUCCCCCAACGGCAGGAGCAACCAGGGUCCCAGCGGAAGGCGGGGGCUCUCUCAAGCCAGGGGCUUUCCCAACCAGCCAGCCCGGGUCAAAGGAGCUGAAAGGAGAGCCUGAGUCGCCCCUAAUGGGCAGCCCAACUCCAUCUCCAGACAGCCCUGCCCGCUCCAGCUGCCAGCCGAACUCUCCAGCUGAGUCUAACACCUGUAACAAAAACCUUGUGAGUGAUACCAAAGCCACACCAGACCCAAAGGCCUGCAAUUGGAAAAAAUACAAGUACAUUGUCCUUAACCCUCUUUGUGCUGCAACAACGGUGAAAGAAGAGGAGACGGAGGAACCGCAAAGUCACCCAUCCCCCAUUGCCGACAGGAUGACCAUGACACCGAAAGCACCAACAGAGGCGUGGUCUGGAGAAGUGCCUGGUCAGAUUGAUAGACAGGGGCAGGCCUCCUGCUACGAGGGUUCUGGCCGAGCCCCUCCCCUCGGGCCACCCCCCUCUGUGGAUCACCAAACAUUGUCUCCCACUCACAAGGAGGGAACAGUCUCACCCUGCACCACUUUCCCAAAACUUCACCCUACUGAUCCAGAAGCUGCCCUUCACAACCAGCAGGCAAUAAAGAGAGAGAACUACUAUGUGCCAUACUGUUACUCUGGCAACAUCGGAGGAACCAAGACCACCUGCUCAGGUGACAAGCCGUACCGUUGUAACGUGUGCGGGGCCCAGUUCAACCGACCGGCCAACCUGAAGACUCACUCUCGCAUUCACUCUGGAGAGAAGCCCUACCGCUGUGACACCUGCGGCGCACGAUUUGUUCAGGUUGCCCAUCUCAGGGCCCACGUCCUGAUCCAUACAGGGGAGAAGCCUUACCCGUGCCACACCUGCGGCACCCGCUUCCGCCACCUGCAGACCCUGAAGAGUCACCUGCGCAUUCACACUGGAGAGAAGCCUUACACUUGUGAGAAGUGCGACCUUCACUUCCGCCACAAGAGCCAGCUGCGUCUUCACUUGCGUCAGAAACACGGGGCCGUCACCAACACCAAGAUCCGCUACAAGGUCCUGACUGAACCCUACCAGCCUAUUCUGCAGGCCUGCUGAAGACCUUUUGACCCCCAUUUUCAGCUGGUCAUCAGUCUUGACUGUAGCCUAUUGGACAGAAUACUACUUUGGUGAAAUUUGGUGAAACAACAGGGCAAAUAAACAUAACUCAUUGUAUGAAUGACCCCUGAUCCAGUGAGGUUCAGCAAUUUUUAAGUUGUAUCAGCAGCUACUUUUUGAAUAUGAGGAGCUAAUUUUACUUUAACACACUGGUUAGUUGACCACUUGUAAAAAAAUUCAAACUGAUUGCAUUUGAAGAAAGAGAAAGACAUUUAAAAAUGACUUUGAAAAUCAUGUUUUUUGGAUGAUGUGAACUCAUUUUUAGCAAUAUUCAGAUGAAUCUAAAGGUUUAACGGGAUUCUGGGGUGGCUUUUUUUGUGAGAUAAUGUUAGUGAAAGUGUUUUUGAAGGUUUGUGAAGGGAUAGAAAGAAAGAAAGGAAUGAGACAAGGAAAGGAGGAAUAUUUUUGGUUUUGUGUGCAAAGAAUUUUCUAGAUGUUUGAGUAUGCGAACGGUCUGAAAAGAAAGAUAAAGGAAGUUUUAUGAAGGAGUGGUGGUGAUUUUUGAACUAACUGACAACGUUGACUUAAAUGCAUUAGGAAGUAAGCAUUGGAAAAUUAAAAAUAAAUAAAUUAUGAUGUGUUUUAAGUCUAGGAGAGAACUUACUCAGUGUUAAGAUCCUGAAGUUUUCUUCUUAAAUGUGUAUUUAACUCAAAUGUAUCUUAACCUUGAGGCCUGGGGCCGGCAUGUUCUUUGAAUAAACUUAAAUAUGCAGUCCAAGCAGGCAAAGGACUUAGUUGUCUUGUACUGAACAUAAAGUAAAGAAAUGAAAUGAUAUAUUGUUUUCUGACAGGAGCAUUUGAAUAAGACAACUGUAAGCAAUUGGAUAAUUAAUAAUAAUAUAAAAUUUGUAUGUGUAUGAGUUCAUUUGCUGGACAAAGAUGGUUUUGUACAAAAUAAAUUAAAUCUUUUUUUUAUCAAUUGGA